AUGAUUGCUCGUGAUGAGCUUAGACUCGGUGCGCUCUUGGCGGGCGACGGUACGUUUGGAUCUAUUUAUCGCGGAGGCUGGUACACGCAAGGUAAACUGAUAGCGAUUACGCUCAGGCAGAUUGCUGAGCUUAGACAUGAGGUUCGUGAAUAUUUUUAUGUAAAAUGCUAUAAUAUCUAUCUAUCGUUUCUUCAGAACUCAUCAAUUGGAUCAAAUUCUUAUGUUGAUUGA